GUUGAUUUGAUGGGUAUGUAUUAUGCAGCGACGCCGACGCCUACAAAUACGCGCCCACUUCUCACACACGACAUCAUUCAAAAUUCUGACUCUGACCGAGACUUGGCUCAAGCAUUUGGUUAGCAAUCGCGAGUGAAACAUUUCAUCGUCAAGCGGCGGUCAUCGUUUCAGUUGCAGCGCACAACUAGUCACAAGUAGUGUACUGCAGCGCCCGCCGCAGAAUCGCUCUUUCCGUCAUCGCUCUGCGCCAGGCACUCGACCUAUUCACGUGAUUCAUCGUGUUCAAUCAAGUCCACUUGACUACUUGACCUCCCGUCCGCACCAAUUAUCUCCCACAUCAUCAUGUCGCUCGAAUCCAAUGUGACUGCUCGCUUGCCAAAAGUGGCGAGCCAGCUGAUCGUGUACGACUUCGACUGGAGUUUGGCAGAUCAGGAUACCGACCGGUGGGUGCACGAGGUGCAUGCUCCGGAUCUUAGAAGAAGGAUCAAGGAGAGGGACGGGACUGUUCAAUUCACCGAUCUUUGUGCGGGACUGCUAAGGGAGCUUCACGGCAGAGGAAUCACGCCUGAUCAGAUCAGGGAUGCCAUGCGAGUCAUGCCUUUUCAUCCGGCUAUGAGGAGGGGUGUGCUGCAAACCAAGGUGGCCAGCACGCCGCAGACGACCUUUUUCCUGCUGAGCAACUCCAACAGCGUUUACAUCGACACCAUCCUUCAACAUCAAGGCUUGAAAGAAGCUUUCACGGAAGUGGUCACCAAUCCUGCCCACUUUGAGGAAAAUGGCCUGCUGAACUUGUCCAGGCGCAUCCCUGCGGACGCUCCUGCAGCUCAGCAGCACAAGUGCAAAGUAGGCUGCAGUCCCAACAUGUGCAAAGGCGAGGAAUUGGAAGCUUUUUUGGCUCGUCAUGGAGGACGUUCGGCGUUUGAAAGGAUAGUGUACGUGGGAGAUGGAGGCAACGAUUAUUGUCCUGUUUUGCGAUUGGGCCCAAAAGAUGUGGCUCUCGUCAGACGCUACAGAGGACUGGAAAAGAGAAUCGAAAAAGAGGGGGGUGUCGAGGCUAGCAUCAGGUUUUGGGCUGGCGCGUGGGAGGUCGAGGGCUUGCUCAAAGAGCUGCGUGGGGAGUAUUAGACACCAGAAUGGCACAAUAUGAGCACGCGAUGAUCAAUGGCAUGCUGAGCAUAGAUAUCCA